CGAUCAAAAGAUGAAAGAAAAGAAGGGGAAAAACAACCAGAAAAACCUUCUAAAGAAACACAAAAGGUUCAAUCAAAAGCAACAGAGUUACCAAAAAAAAAGGGUGAAGCAUAUUGCAACAAAAAAGAAAUCAUCAAACAACUGUUCGGAAGCCUCCUCAAGCAAGAGUACACAAGCUAAAGAUCAACAGAACAAGCAAAACUCAAAAACACAAAAAAAAAACAAUGAGAAAGAUGGAGGUGUGAAAGAAAAGGAAACUCUGAAAACUGAAAAAGUUAAGGUGGUGAAGGGGAAACAAAGUGAGAAAGUUGAUGGUGUAAAAAAUGAGAAAGCACAUAAAAAAAGAAAGAGAGAUGCAAAUGAAGAUGUACAUGAGGUGGUAAAUCUUGAUGAUGCUGAAGAUUUGGAUGAUUAUGUUGUUUUACUUUGAUCGCAUUCAAAAGAAAAGCAUCAUGCCACCAAGAACUCCUCCUAUCAUAUCUGUAUGGACAAAGGAUA